UUUGGUUUUACCGAGCUCGACUCGCAGUGAAAAGAGUGGCGUCUUUUGCUGGCGUGGGAUGGAGUUAGACAGAGGCCCAAUUCCAAUUCUUUAUCCGCUAUAUAAUCUCGCCUUGGGAUUCAUCUCGUUCGCCGUGCCAGCGGUGGUCGGAGAGAGAAAAGCGUGGUUGGCAUCUGUGGCCCUGUGCUGCACUCUGGGUAAGGGGGAGAAUGGCGAGGGGGAGAGCGACGGAGAUGGUGGCGAUUUGGGCUCUUUUGGUUGGCAUUUUGGUCGGGAAUCCGGGAAGUGUGAGUGGCACCACAGACCAGAAUGAUGUUUCAACUCUCAAUGCAAUAUAUGUCAGCUUGAAUUCACCACCUGUUUUGACCAACUGGGUUGGCAGUGGAGGCGAUCCCUGUGGGCAAUCAUGGAUGGGUAUUGAAUGUACUGGAUCAGCUGUCACGGCAAUCAAAUUGCCAAAUUUGGGACUUUCUGGGAUGUUUGGAUAUAAUUUAGAAACCAUGACUUCACUAACAACACUUGAUAUUAGCAAUAAUAAUAUCGGAAGCGGUAGCCAAAUACCUUAUAACCUUCCUCCAAACCUCCAGAUUCUGAAUUUUGGUAGCAAUCAAUUCUCAGGGAUCGUACCUUAUUCAAUCUCCAAGAUGGUGGCACUCAAAAAUCUAAAUCUUGCACAUAACCAACUACAGGGCAAUCUAACUGAUGUGUUUGGCGGGCUUGGUAAUCUCACAACAAUGGAUUUGUCCUUCAAUCAAAUUACUGGUGAUCUUCCAGUGAGCUUUAGCAAUCUGUCAAGUUUGACAACACUGGAUUUGGAGAACAACCAGUUUACUGGACACAUAGAUGUUCUUGCUAAUCUUCCCCUUCAGCAUUUGAAUGUGGGAAGUAAUCAUUUCACUGGAUGGAUUCCUGAUCAGCUAAAGAAAAUUAAUAGUCUUCAAACUGAUGGUAAUUCAUGGAGUUCAACACCUGCACCUCCACCACCACCUUAUCACCCCCCUCCACCAAGCCGAAAAAGCAACCCUGGCCAACAUUCUACUGGGAGUAACAAUUCCUCAGGCAGUGGAGGUGGAAACAACUCCGGUAUAAGUGCUGGAGCAAUAGCAGGAAUUGUUGCAUCUGUGUUGGUCAUAGCAGGAAUACUUGCAUUCUUCUUGAUUAGACAGAAAUCACACAAAUCUUCAAUGGAACAAUUUCCUAAAAAUGAUCUGUCACUUGCCCCUCUCACAUCUGAUGAUGCCAAAGAGAUGAAGAAAAUUCAGGUUUCUUCUACAUCAGAGACACGGACAUUGCCUCCACCAGCUCCAUUAAACCUUAAACCUCCUCCAAUUGAUAGGCAUAAAUCAUUUGAUGAAGAUGAUUUAUCUGACAAGCCUGUUGCGAAGAAGGUUAAUAUUGCACCAAUCAAGGCAGCUGUUUAUUCAGUUGCAGAUUUGCAGAUUGCUACGGACAGCUUCAAUAUCUAUAACCUUGUAGGUGAAGGCUCUUUCGGUCGUGUUUACAAGGCACAAUUUAGUGAUGGAAAGGUUCUAGCGGUAAAGAAAAUAAAUUCUUCAGCAUUGCCUAAUCAGUCAUCAGAUGACUUCAUUGAACUGGUUUCAAAUAUCUCACGCCUGCAUCACCCAAAUUUGACCGAACUGGUUGGCUAUUGCUCUGAGCAUGGGCAACAUUUGCUGGUAUAUGAAUUCUAUAAGAAUGGCUCGCUGCAUGAUCUGCUUCAUCUCUCAUAUGAGAACAGCAAGUCACUGAGUUGGAAUGCUCGUGUCAAAGUAGCCCUUGGCACUGCACGAGGAUUAGAGUAUAUGCAUGAAGUCUGCUCACCAUCUCUAGUCCACAAAAAUUUCAAGUCGGCCAAUAUCUUGUUAGAUGUGGAGCUCAACCCACACCUUUCAGAUUGUGGAUUCGAAAGCCUUGUUCCUGAUUCAGAAUUUCAGGCAUCUGAACAGAAUAUGGCAUCUGGUUAUAAUCCACCUGAAGUUUCCAUGUCAGGCCAGUACACCUUGAAGAGUGAUGUGUACAACUUCGGUGUUGUGAUGUUAGAGCUUUUAACAGGUCGAAAAGCAUUUGACAGCUCAAGAACAAGAUCCGAGCAAUCGUUGGUUCGAUGGGCUACUCCUCAGCUCCAUGACAUUGAUGCACUAGAUAGGAUGGUCGAUCCUGGCCUCAAGGGGCUGUACCCUGCAAAAUCACUUUCUCGAUUUGCUGAUGUAAUUGCGCUGUGUGUUCAGCCUGAGCCAGAAUUCAGACCUCCGAUGUCCGAAGUGGUGCAAGCUUUGGUUCGCUUGGUUCAGAGGGCUAACAUGAGCAAGAGAAUGGAUGAACCGGAGGACUAUGUGUAAUCGCAUCGAUAAUUUAUAUGUAAUUCAGCUAAAUCUCUGUGAUGUUUAUAUGUUCUUUCGGUUAUUUACCUUGUCGAUGUCUUGUUGGCGAUGUUGCCUCAUCGUUAAGUACACUUUCGGUCAUGAUUUCUUGCUACAAUGAAAAAGAGGUAUAAUUCUCAUUGAUCA